ACCCUCCUGUCAGGAGAGCUGCAGCCCAGACGGAGACAGGCAGGAAGCUACCGGGACACAGGAGGCAGAGGACAGAAGGAGGACCUCUCAGAAGCCCCCACCCAGUACAUCAAGCUCUUCAAGUCUCCAGGUGGCCAUGAGCACCAGGCAGGAAACCAGAAGAGAGGGGGGAGACUCCAGCAGGAGGGGACAGGGGGCAGAGCUUCGGGACCGAGCCCACCUGAGCCAGCAGCGCCGGCUCAAACAGGCCACCCAGUUCCUGCACAAGGACUCCGCCGACCUGCUGCCCCUGGACAGCCUCAAGAGGCUGGGCACCUCCAAGGACUUGCAGCCACACAGCGUGAUCCAAAGACGCCUGUUAGAAGGAAACCAGAGUCGGAGUCAGGGGGAGUCCCCCCUGGUGCAGGCCCUGAUGCAUGGCCAGGAGAACAGGAGGAAGACAAACACGCCAGAGAUUCCAGCUCUUCUGGUCAAUUGCAAGUGUCAAGACCAGGUUCUUAGGGUGGCCGUGGACACAGGCACCCACUACAACCAGAUCUCCACUGGAUGCCUCACCCGCCUGGGGUUAGGGAACAGGGACCUGGCGCCUGGAUUCCCACCCCAGGUGGAGCAGCUGGAGCUACAGCUAGGCCAGGAGACUGUGGCAUGUUCAGCCCAGGUGGUGGAUGUGGAGAGUCCUGAGUUCUGCCUCGGACUGCAGACUCUGCUUUCUCUCAAGUGCUGUAUCGACCUGGAACACCGAGUGCUGCGGCUGAAAGCCCCCUUCCCAGAGCUGCCCUUCCUGCCUUUGUACCCAGAGCCUGGCCAGUGACUACCGGCCCCAUCAGUCCCCAGGGGGCAGUCCUGUGACUUAGGGAAGAGCCAUGCGGGGUAUGGGGACAUUACUACAGCCAGGUAGCUGGGGAUCGCUUUGUCUGUGCCUUCUGUCACCAGCCUGAUCCUGCUGUUCCAUUUCCCUGUCGGCCACAUCUCUGCUUCUUGGCAACUUCCCUAUCCCCCAGGAGUUUUCCCAGAGAGGGCCCAGGAUCUCAGGGCUCUGGUUUCCCUGUUCUCGCUCAUUCCCCUCCAGAGAAGAGCAAAGCCAAACCAGGUCUGCAGAAAAUGACACAGCGUCCUGGCCAGUGUGGCUCAGUUGGUUGGGUGUCAUUCUGUGCACAGAGAGGUUGCCAGUUUGAUUGCCAAUCAGGGCAUAUGCUCAGGUUGUGGGCUCGGUACCCCGGGAGGGACGUGCAGGAGAAGAUGUCUCCCUCUCACAUCGAUGUUUCUCUCUUUCCCUUCCUCUCUCUCUAAAAAUCAAUUUUAAAAUACCUUUUUAAAAGAUUAUACAAGGAAAAUGGGGUUACAGGCUAGGCCCUGGCAUGGUAGAAACUGGCCUCCACCUGUCCCCUGCCACCCCAAACCUCCUCGACUACCUUCACUACCACAUCUCUCACCUCACUUUCUGAACUCAUUAUCUUUCAGGAUCAGAUGCCCCCCCUCACCAACCCGCUCUCCAGCUGGCUGGCGCUUACUGUUCUGAUUCUGCACACAGCUGAGGGGGGAUGGGGGAGACACUGAACAGAAUGAUGGCUUGGUAGAGGAAUGGCAGCUCACAAGGCUGGGAGCUCUGUUAGUUACCUUUUCUGAGCUUGCAAACAUCUGAAGCAAGUUCUCAUUUGAUUACCCUGUGCAAAACCUUGGCUAUACCUCUACUAUUUCCUCUAGAUAUUUGUCCUUCUUCACUUGCUUUUCACCCACUGGGUCCCUGAACUUCAGGGGUGUGUGUGCAAGAGCCCUGCAGAGAGCUGCCCCCGAAGGUGAACGGGAUGGAGGGGUUGUCAGUACUCAGACUUCACCUGACCAGUAGUCCUUAUUUCUAGAACUAUCCACCUCAUUAGACCUUCUCCCUACCCCUCAUCUUGGGCUUCCUGAGCUAGACCUUGUCUUGUUUUGGAAUCAGUGGCUUUCUAUCCCCUGGCAGGCUCUAAGCCAAAGCAAAGGGACAAGGAGGCUCUUCCGGCUUCACUGUGGAGAAGAAUCCAAACCUUAAGAAGCUAGACCCCCGAGUGGAAGAGAGUGGUGUAACUAGCCUGACCUAGGGAACUGGGACCUUAGGCUGGAAACAAAAUCUUGAGCGUGGGGCAGGUUAGAGAAGAACCAGGAUGCAAGGAACUGCCCUGUGACACCCGGCCUUACCUUUCUCGGCUAAGUCCCCCGCCCUCACAGGGCGAGGAGAGGGGCUCACUAUCACAGUGUGAUAGGCCCUGGUCCCUCACUGCCUGGCUCCAUGGCCUCCGCUUUCCUGGUCUCACCCUGCUCCUUUCACUUCUGCCUCCUGCCGCUUCUGUAAUUGUAGACAGACUGCAGACCCCAGGCCCUAUGGCUGGCCCUCAGCUCAGCUGCCUCUCCAUUUGAAUAAACACCUGUUUCUCUA